UUAACCUUAAAAUUAAAUUUGUUUGGCGGGACUAUUUGAUGCGAAAACUGAAUUUACUUGAAUGUGCAAACAAAAAUGUUUUAAUUUAGAGAUGGAUAAUUCAACAGAAGAAAUCGGUACUCAAGAAGAGAGAAGUGAGGAAGAUAUUUUUAAUAUACUGGUUGCGACUGAUAUUCAUUUGGGAUAUGGGGAACGGGAUCCAAUUAGAGGUCAAGACACGUUUAUAACAUUUGAGGAAAUUUUAAAAAUUGCGCAAUGUGAAAAUGUCGAUUUUCUCCUUUUGGGUGGUGAUUUAUUUCAUGAAACAAGGCCAUCAGCUUAUUGUCUUUACAAAUGUAUCGAGUUGUUAAAAAAAUAUUGUUUGGGUGAUAGACCAGUUCAGAUUGAAUUUCUUUCAGAUCCUUCCCAUAACUUUUCUGCUACAGGAAAUGACACUGUCAAUUAUGAAGAUCCAAAUUUAAAUAUAUCUCUUCCUGUAUUUUCUAUUCAUGGUAAUCAUGAUGACCCAACUGGGGAACACCAAAUAUCUGCACUAAAUUUACUGGCUUCUACUGGUUUAAUCAAUUAUUUUGGGAAAUAUAACAAUCAUGCUCAAAUAGAUAUUGAACCAAUAUUACUUAAAAAAGGCACUACCAAACUGGCACUCUAUGGAUUGUCCCAUGUUAAAGAUGAAAGGUUGGGAAGACUCUUUCUAGAUAAGAAGGCUACCAUAAUGACUCCACCAGAUGCAAAUAGUUGGUUUCAUUUAUUAGUGUUACAUCAGAAUAGGGCAAACAGAGGUGCAAAGACAUUUAUUCCUGAUGAUACUUUACCUGGAGUUUUGAAUUUGGUUAUUUGGGGCCAUGAACAUGAUUGUAGAAUAAGUGUUGAACGAACAGAUAAUAAUGUCUUUAUCUCACAACCAGGAAGCACUGUUGCUACAUCACUUUGCAUAGGAGAAUCUAUUGCAAAACAUGUGGGUUUGUUAAAAAUUUAUGGGAGAGAGUUUCACUUAAAACGCAUUCCACUAAAAACAGUGAGACCUUUUAUAUUUCGUGAAAAGUUGUUAAAAGAUUUAGAUACUAUGGCUGAUCUGGCAGCCAUAGAGUCUCUCACACAUUCAGCUAAAGCAAUGAAAUUUACAGAAAUUCAAGUAGAAGAAAUGAUUGCUGAAGCAAAAAAAUUAGAUAGGGAAGGCGACAUGUUACCACUUUUAAGAUUAAAUUUGAGUUACUUAGACGAAAAAUACACAUUUAACGCAAUCAGAUUUGGUCAAAAGUUUAUUGGCAAAGUGGCUAACCCUGAAGAUAUAGUAAAGUUGAAGUAUGCUGCAACAAAGUCAAUAAAUAGGAAGAAAGGUGACAACAGCUGGGAAGCAAUCAAUAGUAUUGCCACUAUGCCAGCUAGAGUGGAAGAUCUUGUUAUGCAAUUGUUUGAAAAAAAUGAGGCAGCCAGUUUGAAAUGCUUGUCAUUAAAGGCAGUAAAUGAAGCAGUGGUAAAAUCUAUUGAUUCCAAUGACUCAGAGGCACCUAUCCUGGUUGUUGAACAUUUGAAAAGCGAAUUGCGUCAAAAACUCGAGGAAAACAUGGUAGAACUGGAAAAUGUGGAUGAUUUUAUAGUCAGGUUUAAAGAGACCAAAGACCUUGAAUCUUUGGUUGAAAAAAUUCUGACGGACUCAAAUCGCCAAACUAUACAUAGGAGUAACGAUGAUGAUGAUGUCGAUUGCGACGAUGAGAAUGAGUGUUCCUUAGCGGCAUCCACUAGCAGAGGAUCCUUGAUCGCGAGUGCCAGGCCAGCCCGAGGACCGGGAUCGAGGGGAGGUCGCGGUUCUAGAGGUGGGAGAAGAGGUGGAGGAAGAAAAGCCAAUCAAAUUUAAUUACAAAUUCUUUUAAUGUUAGGUUUACAGCCAUUCUGUUUAGUAAGUCAACCACAUUGUAUUUUUUAUACA